GCGGCUGCUCUGCGGAGCGCAUGCGUCCGGCGGCGGCGGCAGGACUGACUGCCUCAGGGGGUCGGUGGCGUGCCGGCGUCCGGGAGCUCAGCAUGGCUGUCCCCGCGGCGGCCAUGGGGCCCUCUGCACUGGGCCAGAGCGGCCCCGGCUCGUUGGCCCCCUGGUGCUCAGUGACCAGUGGGCCGACGCGCUACGUGCUCGGAAUGCAGGAGUUGUUCCGGGGCCACAGCAAGACGCGCGAGUUCCCGGCGCACAGCGCCAAGGUGCAUUCAGUGGCCUGGAGCUGCGACGGGCGGCGCCUGGCCUCGGGGUCCUUCGACAAGACCGCCAGCGUCUUCUUGCUGGAGAAGGACCGGUUGGUCAAAGAAAACAAUUAUCGAGGACAUGGAGAUAGUGUGGACCAGCUUUGUUGGCAUCCAAGUAAUCCUGAUCUCUUUGUUACUGCAUCUGGAGACAAAACCAUUCGCAUCUGGGAUGUGAGGACUACAAAAUGCAUUGCCACUGUGAACACUAAAGGGGAGAACAUUAAUAUCUGCUGGAGUCCCGAUGGGCAGACCAUUGCUGUAGGCAACAAGGAUGACGUGGUGACCUUUAUUGAUGCCAAGACACAUCGUUCCAAAGCAGAAGAGCAGUUCAAGUUUGAGGUUAAUGAAAUUUCCUGGAACAACGACAAUAACAUGUUCUUCCUCACAAAUGGCAAUGGCUGCAUCAACAUUCUCAGCUACCCAGAGCUGAAACCUGUGCAGUCCAUCAACGCCCAUCCCUCCAACUGCAUCUGUAUCAAGUUUGACCCAAUGGGGAAGUACUUUGCCACAGGAAGUGCAGAUGCUUUGGUCAGUCUCUGGGAUGUAGAUGAGUUAGUGUGUGUGCGGUGCUUUUCUAGAUUGGAUUGGCCUGUGAGGACCCUCAGUUUUAGCCAUGAUGGGAAAAUGCUGGCCUCAGCAUCGGAAGAUCAUUUCAUUGACAUUGCUGAAGUAGAGACAGGAGACAAGCUAUGGGAGGUGCAGUGUGAAUCCCCGACCUUCACUGUGGCUUGGCAUCCCAAGAGGCCUCUGCUGGCAUUUGCCUGUGAUGACAAAGAUGGCAAAUAUGACAGCAGCCGGGAAGCAGGGACUGUGAAGCUGUUUGGGCUUCCUAAUGAUUCCUGAUAGGGGGCCUGGCGUGGGGAGAGGUGGCCCUAGCAGAGGUCUUCUGUAUCACUGGCUUGUCUGUUCUCUUGGAAUUGGUGGGCACAUGAAGUAUUUGUAAUUGGUGUAAGUUAUAAAAAUCUUGUCAGACUGCCUGUUCCAGUUCCUGUGCUCUGUGCUACAUUAGCUGUUUUCAUUCUUCCCCCCACGUGAGGGCUCUGCUGUGUGCUGAUGAGAGCCGUCCAUCUUGUUCUUGGGGUUUCCGCUGGUGGACUUUGUUGGGCUUACUUAAUUGGUUUGGAGGGUGGGUGAUGAAGGGUGAAAUGGGGGUGGAGCUUUUUAUAACUGAAAAAUAUAACUGAGAAUCGAAUAUUUAAUAAAAUCGACUUUU